GGUCGGUAGACGUACUAGGAGCACCGCAGGCUGCAACCCUGGGGGAUGCCUCGGGGAGGUUGGGGGGCCAGGGACGCCUGGUAGCCUCCCGUCUGUUUUUCCGGCGAAGUGAACCUGAUGAGAUAGGAUUGAUUUUUGGGCGCCGAGAGUAUCAGCCCUCUGAUUCCUUUCGGUUUCUGUUUGAGACUCUGAGGAGAACUAAACGCGGCUGCUGUGUGUCUAAUUUGUGUGUGUCUUUGUUUUUUGUGUCUUUUACGUGUCUAAUUAUUGUUAUACUGACAAUGGGACAGGCAGUGACGACCCCCCUUAGCCUGAUGUUAGAUCAUUGGACGGAAGUCAGAGCGAGGGCACAUAACUUGUCAGUAGAAGUGAAAAAGAGACCUUGGCAGACUUUCUGUACCUCCGAAUGGCCCACCUUCAAUGUUGGGUGGCCCUUGGAGGGGACUUUUGAUCUCCCCACUUUAUUAGCAGUAAAAGCUGUUGUCUUCCAGGAUUCGUCUCAAGGACACCCGGAUCAGCAACCCUACAUUGUAGUCUGGCAAGAGUUGGUGGAGAACCCCCCACCCUGGGUAAAGCCCUGGGUACAAAAGAAAAUGGGCCCUCGAGUUUUAACUGCCCAGACUCAACCUCAGAAAAAGGAAAAAGAAACUACCAAAGUUUACCCCGAUACUCAAGAUUUGCUUAUGGUUGAUGAUCCCCCUCCCCCUCCUUACCCUCCCGCCCCUACAGCACCCCCGGCGCCCCCAGCCCCGGCACUCCCAGCACCGCCAGCCCCGGCACCCUCAGUCCCUGAUGCUGAGGCAGUGGGGCCGGCUCCAGGACCUGCCCAGGGAACUUGGCGCCGCCGAGGGGCCACCUUGGACCCACCGGGUAUUUUUCCUCUCCGGUCUUAUGGAGUUCCCAUCCUUGGGGAAGAAGGGGACCCGCCUUUCCAACCUCUGCAAUAUUGGCCCUUCUCCUCUGCUGAUUUGUAUAAUUGGAAACCGCAGAAACUAACUGGUCUGGUAGAGUCCCUGAUGUUUUCCCACCAGCCCACCUGGGAUGACUGUCAGCAGCUUUUGCAGGUGCUCUUCACCACGGAAGAGAGAGAGAGGAUUCUCCUGGAGGCACGAAGGAAUGUGCCUGGAACCGACGGGCGACCUUCGCAACUCCCUCAUGACAUAGAGAGGGGGUUCCCGUUGACUAGACCCAACUGGGACUUUAAUUCUCCAGAAGGUAGGGAGCGACUAACCAUCUAUCGUCAGGCUCUGGUGGCAGGUCUCCGUGGGGCUGCAAGACGCCCCACCAAUUUGGCCAAGGUAAGAGAGGUCAGCCAGGGAGCCACUGAAGCACCCGCAGUAUUCUUAGAGCGCCUGAUAGAAGCCUUCAGGCGGUAUACUCCCUUUGAUCCCACUUCUGAGGGGCAUAGUGCUUCAGUGGCCCUUGCUUUUAUCGGACAGUCGGCACCCGACAUUAGAAAAAAACUUCAGAGAUUGGAAGGCUUACAGGAUUUGUCGCUGAGGGAUUUGGUGAAAGAAGCAGAGAAAGUUUAUCAUAAGAGAGAGACUGAGGAAGAGAAGGAGUUAAGGAAGGAAAAGGAAAGGGAAAGUAAAGAAGAAAAGAGGGAUAGGAAGUAUGAGAGAAAUUUAACAAAGAUUUUGGCCGCAGUAGUAGAAAGUAAGGGACGCCCGCCCUCUAGUGGUAGAACUAGUAAGGCAGGGCUGGGCAACUGACCUCCUUUGGAUAAAGAUCAGUGUGCGUACUGCAAGGAGAAGGGGCAUUGGGUGAAAGAAUGCCCUAAGAAACCACCGCGGGGACCUCCGAAGAAGGUGUUGUCUCUGCUAGAAGAUGAGGAUUAGGGAAGACGGGGCUUGGAGCCCCUCCCCGAGCCUAGGAUAACUCUGAAGGUGGAGGGGCAACCCGUUGAGUUUCUGGUAGAUACCGGUGCUCAACAUUCAGUACUGACCCAAGCUAGAGGCCCCCUUUCUAGCAAAAAGUCUUGGGUGUUCGGGGCCACGGGUCAGAGACAAUAUGCAUGGACUACCCAAAGAACAGUGGACUUAGGAGUGGGACAAGUAAACCACUCAUUCCUUGUUAUACCGGAAUGCCCUACACCCUUGUUAGGAAGAGACAUCUUGACCAAAGUCGGGGCCCAAAUAUCCUUUCGGGCUGAAGAUACCCGAGUGACUGAUAGAGAGAAGAAACCUUUGGGCCUAAGUAUUCUGUCCAUAAGAUUAGAAGACAAGUACCGCCUUUUUAAGGAACCAGAACCCUCCCGAGUUAAUCAAAGGUGGCUUACUGAAGCCCGGAAGCAGACUGUGACGCAGAUCCCGGUCCCUACUACUCCGCGCCAAGUCCGCGAAUUUCUGGGAACAGCAGGGUUCUGUAGAUUAUGGAUACCCGGAUAUGCCACCUUAGCCGCCCCCCUGUACCCCCUAACCAAAGGGGCAGCCCCGUUUGUUUGGGGACCUGAACAGCAACAGGCCUUUGAUGAGAUCAAGAAGGCCCUCCUGUCGGCACCCGCUCUGGCCUUGCCAGACGUGACUAAGCCAUUCGUCCUUUUUGUGGAUGAACGGAGUGGAGUGGCUCAGGGCGUGUUGACCCAGCAAUGGGGACCUUGGAAGAGACCUGUCGCCUAUUUGUCAAAAAAAUUAGACCCAGUAAGUAGCGGAUGGCCUGCCUGUUUGAGAGUAGUGGUGGCCGUGGCCCUCCUAGUUAAAGAUUCUGACAAGCUGACACUGGGACAGAAACUUACUGUGGUUGCUCCGCAUGCGUUGGAGAGUGUAAUUCGGCAGCCACCCGAGAGAUGGAUGUCGAAUGCCAGAAUGACUCACUACCAAACCUUACUCCUGAAUCGUGAUCGUGUGGAGUUUGCCCCCCCUGCCAUUCUAAACCCGGCCACUCUGCUUCCCGAUUCAGGGAAGGAAGUGCUUCAUACCUGCCAGGAAAUCCUGGCUGAGGAGACAGGCACCCGCCAGGACUUGCAAGAUCAGCCCUUAGGAGGACCGGGACUCCUGACUUGGUAUACGGACGGGAGCAGUUACAUCAUGGAUGGUAAGAGAAUGGCUGGAGCUGCAGUAGUAGAUGAUGACCGGAUUAUAUGGGCCAGUGGACUCCCAACGGGCACCUCUGCACAGCGAGCAGAACUCAUCGCCCUGACUCAGGCCCUAAGGAUGGCAGAAGGUUACGAGCCUUGGAGGCUGUGCAGAAAGAGGUGGGCCUCCAUCAAGGAAGCCUAUCGGCCAGAGGACCUCUCAGUGCCUCACCAGUUCCAGGUGGGAGACCCCGUCUACGUGAGAAGGCACCGGACAGGAAACCUCGAGCCACGGUGGAAGGGACCUUUCAUCGUCCUCCUGACUACUCCCACAGCUGUGAAAGUAGACGGCGUCUCUUCCUGGAUACACGCUUCACAUCUAAAGAAGGCACCCCCGUCGGACUCGGACUGGCGAGUAACUCGGACUGAUAAUCCUCUUAAGCUUCGCUUGUGUAAAAGGAACUAUGUUGUUAGUAAUUCUAAUGCUCCUGCUGUUUCCAACCCCCCAGAGCCUUAAUCCUCAUGUCCCUUAUCUGCUUACCUGGAAAGUAGGAAAUGGGCAGACCCAAGAAGAGUAUAAUCACACCACCCAUAUUGCCCCUUUGGGCACUUGGUUCCCGGACUUAUAUUUUAAUUUAGAUAAAGUAACUGACAUAGACGGGAUGGAAAGAGGAGACUGGCGGAAAAAGCAACGCCGAGUCUCUGUAAGUAAGAAUAGAUUUUAUGCAUGCCCAGGGUUUCGAACGGGAGCAGAAAGGCAGAAGUGUAGAGGAAUUGAGUCCCUCUACUGUGCACAGUGGAGCUGUGUCACUUCCAAUGACGGAGAAAAAAAAAUGGGAUGUGAGCCCGCAGCUUAUCCACCUUUCCUUUGUUAGACCAUGCACUCGAGUGAAGUACAGCCCCAAUUGUAACUUACUUAGACUCAAAUUUACAGAACAGGGAAAGAAAGACCCCCGAUGGGGAACAGGAGGGUUGACUUGGGGACUGUAUCUCCACCAGACACCCCCGAGUAGUAUCCUUCUACGAGUGCGACUCAGCGUCCAGGCCCUCCCAGCCGCUCCGAUAGGACCUAAUACUGUCCUACGAGAUCAGCUGCGUCUUCCAACCCCUACUCCAAAGCAGUAUCCCAUCAUUAUGACUACUCACCCCCAGCCCUCCGUAUCCCCUCCUAACCAGGUGGUUCCUUUUAUUGGUACCGGACAGCGCCUCCUCAACCUCGUCGAGGGGGCGUUCUUAGUUCUGAAUGUCUCCAACCCUAAAGUUACCGAAUCCUGUUGGUUAUGUUUUUCUUCUAGACCUCCUUAUUAUGAAGGGUUGGGACUGUCAGGUAGUUUCAAUAAUACAACUCUGAUAUCCACUUUAGCCGGACCCUUGCUCAUUCUUGUUCUGCUUCUUACUUUUGUCCCUGUGUUUUGAACCGGCUAAUAUCUUUUGUUAGAGAGAGAGUAAGUGCUGUUCAAGUACUAAUGCUAAGACAACAGUAUCACUCGCUCACACAUCGAGAAGAAACAAACAUUCCAUGAUUGGAAUGCCCCAAAAAGAGAAGUGGGGAAUGUAAGAAUGAGAAUAAGUUAGCAUAAGAGUAGCCAUCUUAAGGGCCUAGAAGCAGUUUUCUGAAGUUGUGACUUAAAAGAGAAAAAAAAAACAAAACUGGAACUGAGUAAGGCCUUGGAAAACAAGUUAAUCAUGAACACCAGGAUGGGGGCAGCUGUGGCCUUCGGUCAGCUAACCUUGGUCAGUUAAUCCUACAUACCAAGCUUAUCGUGCAGAACCUCCCUAACAAUUGAAGAGCGGUCUUAUCUUGCUCUCGCUUAACCCCAGGAUGUAUGUCUUGCAAAGAUAAUGUGCAGCUGUGGAAAAUUACUAAGAGUUAAGUGUUUUGAAAAUGCCAUAUAAACCCUUGGUUUUGAGUGCUUGGGGUCCUUGUUGAGACCCGCUGCGUCGGGCUGACACUUGGACCCCAGCUAGCUGGUCUCUAAAUAAAUUCCU